AUGAAGCAGGGCCUGCCCUGGAAGGCCCAGCAGCAGCAGGUGAAGCAGCCCUGUCAGUCACCUGCUGUCAGAUGUCAAGAAACAUGUGCACAACAAACCAAGGAUCCAUGUGCUCUGCAGCCCAAGAAACAAUGCCCACCCGAGGGCACAGCUAUCCCCACCCAGCACAAGUGUCCCGUGGCCUAGCAAGCCCCCAAGAAUAAACAGAAGUAA